ACCCGUCGUACUGCUCGUCUCUCCCCUACCUCCUUGUUUCCGAGAAGGCCGCCGUGCAACGUCUCCUUCCAAUGGCGUACAAGGUGAAAGGGUUCUUCAAGGGCUUCAAGGUCAUCUCUCGGAUAUUCGUGGUGAAGGAGCACGAGAUGGAGAUCGGUUAUCCGACGGACGUGAAGCACGUCGCGCACAUCGGCUGGGAUAGCGCGGCGGGGAAUGCCUCUCCAAUCUGGAUGAACGACAUCAUGGCAUCCCCCAACUUCUCGUCCUUGGGAAACUUUGCUGCGUCCACAGAGACCACCUGGGCUUCUCAAGAUUUCGGCGCGGUUUCAGAGACGACCGGCCGGCAGGAAUCGACUACUUGCCCCGACGUUCCAAGGCGUCCGGGGAAGCCCAGGGGGAAGAAGCCGGAGGACGGAUCGCCAACCCCGCCGACGUCCAUGGACGAGCUGGCGUCACCACCGUCGGCAGCCGCUGAGGCUGCCGUAGGCGUUGCUGCAGAUGGCACGCAAUGAUCCAAGCCGUGUCGCGGUCUUCCGUAGUGUUGUGAUGGCAAUGGCACAACGAUUGCAUGACUCGACUUUGUGUCAACUAGAGAUGGGUACUGUACUGAGAUUGGACUGCUGAUGAAAAUGGAAUGAAUGCACGAAAU